GCAGGGAAGAGGGCCCCACGCCUAGGCAGCUCUUUGCUUCUGCUCUGGUGCGUGCGUUUCAGGCCCGCGGGGGCACGACAUGGCAGCCUGACCCCAGCAAGGGCCUGGGCUGCCUCAGAGGGGCUGGCGGCCCCCAUGAGAGGGGAGGCCGGGGGUAGUCAGCCCCUCAAAGGAGGGAUGCCCCAGCUCCUGGGGGCUUCUUCAUGUCUCCGGGCAGAGCACACUGACAGCCACAGCCACUGCUACCACCACUUUCCAGGAGCUAUGUGCACGUCCAGGCUCUUCACCCUCGUCCUGGUGGUGCAGCCGCCCCGCGUCCUCCUGGGCAUGAAGAAACGCGGGUUUGGAGCUGGGCUCUGGAAUGGCUUCGGGGGGAAGGUGCAGCCGGGGGAGAGCAUCGAGGAGGCUGCUCGCAGGGAGCUCCUGGAGGAGAGCGGACUGACUGUGGACACCUUGCAGAAGAUGGGUCAGAUCACAUUUGAAUUUGUAGGCAACUCUGAACUCAUGGAAGUUCACAUUUUCCGGGCAGAUCAUUUUCAUGGAGAGCCAACAGAAAGUGAUGAAAUGCGUCCACAGUGGUUUCAGCUGGAUGAGGUGCCAUUCAAUCACAUGUGGGCAGAUGAUAUCUAUUGGUUUCCCCUGUUGCUUCAGAAAAAGCUGUUUCGUGGCUAUUUUAAGUUCCAAGGACAAGACACUAUCCUGGAGCACACCCUGAAAGAAGUGGAGGAAGUUUAAGAAAACAGAAGCAUUCAACCCAUGUGCUGCUGCCCACAUUGGGCUAGAACACCAUGAGCGCUGCUCGUAAGAGUCUCCUUUCUCAACUCUCCAGCAAAGGAGACUUACUUGCCAGGUCACUGGGAAGUAAGGAAAACAAGGGGGUUUCUUAGAGCAGAAAUAAAAGUAAUGAGAUUUUCCAUGCUAUGAAGUCCCUGGCUGUGGGACUUUAGUGGUUACGUGAUCAGAACUAUUAAAAAUUUAGUGUUAACCCUCUUCUUCGCAGGUGGCUAAUUUUUUAGGCUUUUCCCUCAUGGCUGGAAAUGUUUUUAAAAGAUUAAAAAUAUUUUUUAGUA